AUAAUAUCUUUGUAGAAAACUGGAUAUGUCAAGUGUUUGAGAGUUUAUGUGUUCAAAAAACAUGUUUACAAAGACUGACAGUAAUAGCUUACUCAUAGGAAAAUCAAAUGGCAGAUAGGGGUUAUAAUAGGGAAAUAAUGAUUAUUAAUUAUUGUGACUUAUUUUAAAACAAUGAUUGGUAGAAUAGUGAGCUGAACAAGGAAGUUUAAAACUUAUAACUGCAUAUAACGUUUGUUUUGUCAUGUAAAAACAUACUUACAUUUUAAAAAGAAACUAUAUUCUAGGAAAUCUUUAUAGAUCACUAAAAAUUAUAAAUAUUGUGUAUCUAGUAUACUAGUUACAAAAGAAUACAUUCACUAUGGAGCAUAUGUUUAGAGUGAUCGUUAUGACAACCAUCUUGACAGGAGGACGUACUGUUGAAACAUCAGAUCAAUCUGAUAUGAGUGAACCUUACUAUGUUAUGGAAUAUAUCUCUGAUGGUCAGUUCAACUCAUCUUCAUUUGGGACACUUGCAAAAUAUGCUAGAAUUAAUAGUACAAGUGCAUGGUUGCCUAGAGACAUAAAUCCCAUAACAACAACAGAAUGGAUCCAGGUGGAUCUUGGGAAAACAAUGUGCAUAUAUGGUAUUGUUACAAAAGGGCGACAUGAUCAACAACAGUGGACAACAGUUUAUAAACUCCAUUACAGAAAAGAUGGCGACAUAAACUUCCUCACACUCAAAGAUGAUGGAAAAGAAAAAUUGUUAUCUGCUAAUAGGGAUCAGGAUACGGCGGUUGGUCGGAACUUUACGAAACCAUUUGAUGCGAGGUUUAUACGUCUUUACCCAAAAUGUUGGGACAACUAUGCUGCAAUAAGAUUUGACCUCUUGGUAUCAAAUAAUAUUUGCCCAUCUGACACCAUGUGUGAGAAAUAUCCAAGUUUCAUCCCUUCUUCAAGUUCUGCAAUGAUUAUUGGACUCAUCAUUGGGAUGGUGCUCUUCAUGAUCAUCUCAAUUAUCCUACUGAUUCUGCUGAUCUUUUCAUAUCGCGAACUUAGCAGAUGUAAAUAUGCUACAGAAGCGGUACAGUUGCAUCACACUGGCAAUAAUAACAAAAGAGAAGUGAACCAAGGUGUCAGUAUGCCAUUGCUUACAUCUAAUAUGUACCAAAAGACAGAACCGAAAGAUAUGUACGCUCAAGUUGAUGUUAAGACAAAACGUCCAAAAUCAGAUACGAUUCAUCCAAAAACAGAUGAUGCUGGUUACAGUAUUAUAGCUGAUUGUAAAGAUACUACUCCACCUGAUGUCUAUCACACUCCUGCUGAUGUGGGUGUUCAUAAUAUUGAGAAGAAAGAAAAUAUGGAUGUCCCAGAUGGAAUUAAAAUGUAUACAAAUGAAAUAUACAAGGAAUCUCCCAGCAUUGAGGCCUAAGAUUUAACCUCUUGAAUUCCAGGCUCUUUAAGGACAAUUUUAAUGAAAAAUUCUGUGACUGAUUAUCUCGUCACGCUGGGUUUCAAGGUCAUUUCAGUGGUUUCUCGUCACUCUAGGUAGUCAAGAGGUUAACAAGAAUUUCUGACAUGUGACAUUUACAAAAGAACAGCAUGUACUGGCAAAUAUAAUUACUAGGAAUUAUGAUUUUUACAUGGACUUGUAAAAUUCCUCCAAACAAAGGACAAUCUUGAUAAAAAGAAACUGGAGAAAAUCUCCCAAUGCUAUCAUGAAUCUUCUGAAGUGGGUGUUGCAUCUAUUUGAAAUUAAUGCCCAAUUGUGAAGUGUUUUAUGAGUGUCAUAACAUGAUAGCAUGUUGCUUCGGAAAUAGAAAGAUGUUAUAUACUGUAGUAAAAUGAUGUAUGAUAAAUCCUCACUUAGUGUAUCACAUACUCCAGCAAGGAACAAUAUUAUGAAAUAAUUGGAGGAAAAAGAGGUGGGAAUAUCCCAGAAUUCAUGCAUUAAAGGAACAACAUUGAAAGAUGGCAUUGUUGUUUGCAUAAAUUAUCCAUUCAUUUUUGAUAGGAUUUUCAACCAUAUGCCAUCUUUUAAUCCAAGCGUUAUUUAAAAACAUACACUUUGUGAAAAGUGGUAAUUCACUUCUUUUGAUCUCUGAACUUCAAAUGCUGUUUUCUAUGCGAGUAAUUUCUUUCAGUACUUCAGUAUUGACCCAAAUUAAAGUUUUUAUCAUAUUUGAUAGAGUGUAUGAGUAACAUGU